GACAACCCGGACUUCGCGGCCUACCUGUCGGAGCUCAGCUCCUUCGGGGUGGAGAAGCUGGGCCGGGAGCCGGAGAGGCUGGCGGAGGAGCGGGCUCAGAUCCUGCAGCAGACCCGGGAGCUGGCCUUCUCCAACUACCAGACCUUCAUCCGCACCGCCGACUGCACCGAGCACAUUUACCGGGACUUCGGCCGGGUGGAGAGCAGCGUGUCCCGGCUGCUGGACAAGCUGCCCCGCUUCGGAGAGAAUUGCAGGCACUUCACGAAAGAGGCGGAGGAGAUCGGAGCGAGCCGCCGGAUGAACAGCCUCACUCUGAACCGCCACACGGAGAUCCUGGAGAUUCUGGAGAUUCCUCAGCUCAUGGACACCUGCGUCCGCAACGGCUACUACGAAGAGGCUCUGGAGCUGGCGGCGUACGUGAAGAGGCUGGAGAAGAAACACUCGUCGCUGCCCGUCAUCCAGGGCAUCGUGCGUGAAGUGCGUCAGUCUGCUCAGCUGAUGCUCAACCAGCUGUUGCAGCAGCUGCGCAGCAACUCCCAGCUCCCCGUGUGCCUCCGCGUCAUCGGUUACCUGCGGCGUAUGGACGUGUUCACGGAGGCGGAGCUGCGGGUGAAGUUCCUGCAGGCUCGCAGCACUUGGCUGCACUCCAUCCUCGCCGCCAUCCCUGAAAACGAUGCUUACUUUCACAUCACCAAGACCAUCGAGGCCUGCAGGGUGCACCUGUUUGACAUCAUCACCCAGUACAGAGCCAUCUUCUCUGACGAGGACCCUUUGCUGCAUAAGUACGGCCAUCUGGGCUCCAUCGACCUCGCCGCAGUCCUCGAGCCUCUGGACUUCCUGCUUCCUCAGAAGGAGCCGCCGGUGCCAGAGGUCGACAUUACGGCUGAAUUGAACAGCCUGACGUUUGACGCGGAGCCCAAAGAACCGGCAGCAGAUCCAAACUCGGCGCCGACAACAUCCAAUGUCAGAGACUCAAAACCCGGAGCUGAACUGACAAAGACGGAGUUUGAAGAGCCGAAGCAGGACGAGGAGUGA